CAUAGCAGCAUCGCCGCUCUCCGAUGGCUGUUUCCGUAGCAACACGCGGAGGGUGAAGGUAUAAAAACACAGACAGUUUCUCAAGUGAGACUCGGAAACUCUGAGCUGCCUGCGAAUAACCACCACAAACUUACUCCAGAUCAUGAUGCUGAGGCCGAAGGACUUGUCUCAGGGAUCUGGCACCAAAACCUUCCUGGAAGCCAUGCAGAGCGGGAAAGUCCACUUGGCUCGGUUCGUCCUGGACGCGUUGGAUGGGCGCAUCAUCAACGGGAAAGCCGAAAACGGGCGUACGCUUCUAAUGCACGCCGUGUGCCUUCAAGAGCAUGCAACAAGAUCCAAAUUCACCCAGUUACUUCUAGAAAAAGGUGCAGAUGUUACCGCCCGGGAUGACCACGGACGCACAGCAUUGAGUCUGGCGUGCGAGCACGGACACUUGGAUUCGGUGAAGCUCCUCGUGCAAUUCAACGCUGAUCCAGAGCUCACGGACACGUGGGGAAACAGUGCGCUCAUGUACGCCGCGUGCGGAGGACACAGCCAAAUCUUGGAGUUCUUAAUCCGGGCGUUUAAGAAACUUGGUUUGCGACUGGAUCGCACGAAUCACGCCGGCCACUCGGCUAUCCAAGUUGCUGACUUCUUCGGGCACAACCAGUGCGUUCAAACCCUCAACGGGUGCGGAAAGAAGAUUGUGAGUCCGACAAACAGCACCGGAGAACCCGCCGAAGACCUGCGGUGUCCCAGGCGCCUCCCAAAGCAGGUACUAGACAGGUUCUCCAAACAAAUCCAAAGCAAACACGAGGAAAUCCUCCCGGCCUUGUUUCAGAGACAGCUGUGCGUUAGUGACAGCAACAGCCUGCGGAUCCGCUUCAGACGUCCAGACGCCAACCAAAGCCUCAUCAGAUCCGAAGAUGGACCAGAUCUGGUGUUCGCCUCAAAACAGAUCCAAAACUCGGUGCUGAAAGAUAUUGGAAGCACUGGAAGUGCAGAACGUGAGACGGACGUCCAUGCACCUCUCCGGGGAAAAAACAACUUGUUUAAUCUUGACCUCCGAACUGCAAGAAAACAAUCCUAUCAGGGCGACGUGCAUGAAACCAACAGAUCUGCGAGCAAAUUCAAAAGAGCGUCACUACAAGACGAAAAACCUCUUGUGGCGAAGUUCUACAGCAGGACUGUCGCUGGCGACUUUGAGAUCAGAAAACAUUUGCAGAAGCGUGGCAGCGUUCCCAAAACGACCAAGCAGAGCAAACUUCUGUUCAGUCGUGAAGAACUCGAACCUGAACGGAUCAAACCUCGCUCUUCUGGGCUCUCUGGAUUCGGGAACAGACUCCUGCGCAGAUUCACGGCUCCUGAAUUCAUGCGACACAUCACAGACUAUCCCAGAGACGCCGGACACGGUAAAGGGAAGAUGUCCCGGUCCGAGACCUUCCCGUUCUCGCACACACACAUGAUAGUGAACAGCCAGCCGAGUGUGGACAGCAUCAGUGCGGUGAGAUGCGAGUUUGAGAGCAAUCCUGCUCCAAAAUGAGCUUUUAAACACAUGUUUAGAUUAAAACACUCGGAUGGGCAUUCAGGAAGAUGUUUAUGACUAUGGCAAAGAUAUUAUAAAAGCAAGAACUCCAGCUCACUCGAGACUUUUGUUUAACUGCGGCUGUUCUCAAGGUCUUUUUAAAUGCCUCCCUAGAUUAAUUAACGUUCUUCAGCUAAUUUAAUUAUUAUGCACUGCUAAAGAGUGGCUGUGCAUUAAGUACUUACAUGCUUUAAGGACCUAUUUUUAUAAGCAUUUUGUUUUCAGUCAAAUGUUUGUGAUUUGUAAAUGCAUAUCUAUAAUGUAAAUAGUUUGUAUUCUGCAUUCUUUCAUAGACAAAAAUACAUGAAACAACUCAAGGCAUUUGUGUGAAAGGGGCAAAUAUAUGAAUAAAGCACUUGUGUAUGCUUAAAGCACCUCGGUAUAAGAAAUAAAACUUGAUAUCAGUGUUUUUUUUUUAUAUGCAUGAUUUAUUCUUUAAAAAAAUUAAAUGUAUGGUUCUUGUCAUCAACAGCCAUCAUUCAAACAAGCACACGACACAUGUUGUGGAAAGAAGGUUGUUUCUGAGUCAUGUGUCCCCAGCUGCGUCAUGUACACAAACACAGAGCAGUGCAAACUAAUGAGGGCUCGCUCGCACCAGAUGCAUUCCUGCAUUCAAACACAGACCGAGUGCGAUUCAAGAAAGAGUUCGGAAACACUUUUAACUUAAUAUGACACGGAUUUGUGUGGAACAGCCUGUCGUUAUUCAAUUGCCUUCCACAAAUCUAAUUUCUAUAUUCUUGCACUUUGAAGUUCGGUUUGGACAAAAUUAAAUAAAUUUGAGUCUGUUCCUAACAAAAAGACUUAAAGUCUUUGAAUAAAUAGUGAUAUUUUGAACUGUUGGUGCGUGUUUAGUUUUUUUUUGGUCUUGUCUUGUCGUGUCCUCUACACUGCAAAGUUGAAAAUAAAACAAAAGAUUAUUGAAGUGUUCUAUACGAGAAAAUACUGUUCCAGUUUUUAUAUUUUAAAAUUUCAUAUUCAAUUCAAUGUGUUGUUUUUAUUGCUUCUACACCACUGUAUAGAAUUUUUAAAAUAAAAGUAUGAAAAUAAGAAAGGUCAUUGCAACUUUUUAUCACAUAAUUUCAGACUUUGUUUCAUGCAAUUAUGAGACAAAAAAAUGUGAAAUAUAAACAGAAUUAUGAGAAAAAAUUAAAAGAUUCUCAGUUUAAAUUACAAUUUGUCUGAAUUCAGAAUAAAAAAUAAAAAAGUUAACUGCAAUCGCAAUUAUGAGAAAAAAAUCAGAAUUUUGAGUUCGUUACAAUUCAGACUUUUUCCUUAGAAAGAUGAGUUUAUAUUUUACAGUUCUAUAACAAUAGUUCAUCACAAGUUAUUCAGUUUAUUUGUAAUUCAUAGUAUUUAUCAUCAUAAUUUAUAUCUUGCAAUUAUGAUUUAAUAUCUUGUAAUUCUGAGGUUUUUUUUCACAAUUCUGAGAAAGAAAAAAAACUGAAUUGUAAGAUAGAAUGUUGCAGUAACCUUUUUGUUUAAAUAUUUCUGUAGCAAUUAAUUUUUUUUUUUUAUAAUUGCAACAAACAACAAAAAUUGCUCAUGUUUAUUAAUAAUAAUAAUAAUAAUUAACUGUAUAAAGGUUUGGAACAAUAAAUAUUUUUCAUUUUGCAUGAGAUUAAUAUUUGCAUAAAGAUCAACAAUUAAAAAAAAAUAAAAAAUGCAGAAAUGCUUCCAGUGUGAACGGCCCAAGACCCAAAUCCUCUCCUUUAAUCUGUCAGUAUAAUCAUUUAGGAAACAUCACAGUACAAACUGGUAGGAUCUGAAAAUAUCACAAUGAAAGCUGCAUCCAAAAUGUAAACACACACACACACACAAACACACACACACACCAAUAAACAGACUUAUCCUUUCCUCACUCAUCAUUAAACGAAUGCAAAUAUGGUUCGUUUCUCACUCUGAUUAUAUACAUUAUUUGUUCUUCUGAUGUCUGACAGCGGUUUAAGGAAUCAGGAACACCUCUCUAGCUCAGAUGCAAUAUUUACACAGUUUACAAACCAGUCACAGCACCCUUUCCAAAAGCAGGUGCUCGUCAAUCCAUUGAAAAAUAAUAAUAAAUAGCUCAUUAAAAUAUAUACAGUUGGUUACAAUGGCUCAUAGAAAGGUUUCAAACACUUGACAUCGUUUCACCGCCUGUUCCUCAGAUUAAGAUUAAGCCACUGUUUAGCCAUGCAAGCCAGUCUUACACGAGCCGUAACAACACAGGGGAAAUAUGAGCCUUCUGUGGCGUUAAAUCUCUGACCGAAUCCACGCUGAUUCUGGAUUAAAUAUUGCCAUUUAAACUGGUAAAUGUGAGGUGAACGUAGCACACUGUCAUCGGUUGUUGAAAGUAAAGAUCUGCAUUAUGACCAAAUUCAUGGUGCAAGUCGUUUUAUGUCACGGUAACAGAACAAUGAUAUUUUGAAAUUGUAAAAAAAAAAAAAAAA